UGUGCGGCGGUGGUGUCACACUGUUAAUUUGAAAAGACCUAUUUCCUCCUUUGUCAUCACAAAUAUACUUCAUAAUAAUACGGCGUCAUUGGGCGCGAUAUGUAAGGCUUCUCGACAGUAAAUAAAUAAAAACGAGGAACGAAAAAAGACAACGGCCGUUCAGAGCUGUGAAUAACAGAGUCAACAAUGAAUUACAAAACAAAAUUUUCAUUUCCAUUUAUCGAUGGCAGCAACUGAUUGAGUGCUCUCGUUUAUUGAACGCCGAGGUAUAUUAGCCGUUUGCGGCUAAAUAGAUCUUGUUUAGUUGUGCGUCGGGUUGGUCCCACUGCACAAAUGGCAAUCAGUUGAUCGAAUGGAAAUAUAUUGGGUCGGUGUGGUACGUAAACCAGAGUUAUGGAUGACCAGCAGAAAUGGAAGUAGCCUGAACUUCGAGUCCCGGCAUGUCUUUAGAAUUCUUCAAGACCUAUGUGAUGGCAAGGAUGCACUCGCCGAGGACGCAGUGCUGCUGCUGUGCCGGCAACAUCUUCUUCAUGCUGUUCGGAAUCCUGAUGCUGUCGACGGGAGCUAGUCUCGUCCUCAACUACGGGCAGCUGGAGGUGGACACGGGAGGACUGCCACCGGGCCUGCAGAACGAGGAGGGCAAAAGAAUUGUCGGCAUCAUCCUUAUUUGCUGCGGCUUCGUGGCCAUGGGCAUCAGCGCUUUGAUGGGCGCCCUGUACUUCACCGUGUGCUCCAGGCCGAAGCCCCCGAGAAACACCAUAGCGCCGAACACGACGUCGACGUCAGCGUCUCACGGGGCGGCGUCGAAAAAGUCCAGAGACUCUAGAGACAGCAGCGGCGUGGCGCUACCAUCCAACACAGGCAACCCGAGGAAGAAGAGUCACAGCGUCUCCAUGUCGGAGACCAACGUCAACAAGUCGGCGGGCAACUACUCCGUCUCGGCCAACCAGUCGAAGCACGGCAGCGGCGGCAUCAAGCAGAAGCGGUCGAGGAAGAAGAGGAACAGCCACAACCUGAAGCACGGGAUAUUCAAGACUCCGCUGGCGCCUCACCAGGAACACGACGAGGAGUUCGGAAUUCGUGAGGACAUUGCGCUGCACGACUCCGUCAGGUCCGUGGACUCCUCGUUGUCCGCGUCCACGGACACGAGGAAGAGCAGUCUGGACGCGGACGUCAAGCCCUCGAUGGUGAUCUCGGUGACGUCCAUCGUAGGGGAGGUGAAACCCUUUCUGGGCCCCGUGCCGGAAUUGCAGACGAUCGGUUUGUAUACGGACUUAAUGCGACACUCGCAGGGGCACGGGUCUUGGACAGCCGAAGCUAUUCCCAGUGAUACGGUCAUAACUGUUGAUGCACCUUCUAGUGAACCCAGCGUGUUUCAAACGACAGGGUUGUAGAAACUGUUAUAUAUGGUGUUGUUGGGGUUUUGUUUCUUUCAAAGGUAAUAUUGUGAUCUGUGUCAUUUUGUGGGCAGACGGCUGCUUUAAAACGUUACCGGUUCGUCAGGGAGAUGGUUGUGAACCAUUCCAUUUUGUGACAGACAACUUUAAAAUCCUGGAACUUUGUGAGAAAAGGUGUGUAAAUCCUGAUGGUUGGUGAGAGUAGCAGUUUUUGUUAAGUCUGCCAAUUUGUAAGAGAAGGGGUUACAAAUCACGUUUAUUUGUGAGAAGCAGAUGUAAAAAUCAUGUUAGUCUGAAAGACACAGUGUUAAAAAAUCCUGUCAAUUUGUCUUGAGCACGACUGUCUAGCGCGACGUUGGUGGAACAGGGUUAGAAAUCCAAUUAGUAUGCACGGGGAAAGAAUUGGAAAAUCGUGUUUGUAUGAGACACAACUCAAAGACAAAAAAAAGAAGCUCAAAUACACUUGCUGAUUCAAGACGUGAUAUAUAUUAUUCUGUGAUACAUUGACAUAUCCAUGACCAGUAGCAUAUAUAUUAUGUCGACAUAUCCAGUAGCAUACCCGUCGACAGUAGCAUAUAUAGUUGUCGACAUAUCCAGUAACAUACUCGUUGACAAAUCCAGUAUAACAUGUUGCGACAUAUGCAGUAAUGUAAUCGUCGAUACAUCCUGUAACGUGUGUCGAUAUACGGAGUUUGGGUAAAAUACUUAUUGACAUAACUGAUAACAGUAGAAUAUGUGCCGGAAUAUUCAUCAGUAUACUCGUCGACAUAUCCAGUAAUAUAAUUAUAUUCGUCGACAUAUUCAGUAACACAUUCUUCUGUAUAUCAAGUAAACAAACUGGGGAAAAUACCUCGACAGUGGCAUACUUAUCAACAUAUGCAUUAAUAUAUUCGUCUACAAGCACUUUUCGACUUAUCCAGUUAUCGAGGGGAUAUUUUGGGCAAAAUUCUUGACAACAUAUCCAGUAUCACGCUCGCUAUGAAACAAGGUCCUAUGUGUGUUUAUAUAACUGAAAAUAUAUGUAUAUAGGAUAGUGCCCGCCAGGAUUGGGAGGGGUGGUGGUGGGGGGGGGGGGGGGGGGGGGUAGUUUGCGUUUACUGAUAUGGGAAAUUGCGUGAAAUACUCGUGCUACUUUAUGUUGAUAUGGCCAAUUGCAUGCUAUGCUCUACUGAUAUAUGUUGAUAAUGGAUGACUGUAUGAAAUACUUGGGCUUGUGUAUGUUGAUAUGAGUGAUUGCGUGAAAUACUCUCUCUACGAAUGUUGAUAUGAGUGAUUGCGUGAAAUACUCUCUCUCUUUACGUAUGUUGAUAUGAGUGACUGCGUGAAAUACUCUCUCUACGUAUGCGUGAUUGCGUGAAAUACUCGCUCUACCUAUGUUGAUAUGAGUGAUUGCGUGAAAUACCCUCUCUCUCUCUCUACGUAUGUUGAUAUGAGUGACUGCGUGAAAUACUCUAUCUACGUAUGCGUGAUUGCGUGAAAUACUCUCUCUACUUAUGUUGAUAUGAGUGAUUGCGUGAAAUAUUCUCUCUACGUAUGUUGAUAUGAGUGACUGCGUGAAAUACUCUCUCUCUCUCUACGUAUGCGUGAUUGCGUGAAAUACUCUCUCUACAUAUGUUCAUAUGAGUGAUUGCGUGAAAUACUCUUCUCUCUACGUAUGUUGAUUGGGCGAGUGCAUGAAAUAUUCGACUGCUGUAUGCUGAUGUAAAUGAUUGCAUGUAUUGUUCGGCUGCUGUUUCUGCUGGGGGGGGGGGGGGGGGGUAAAUAUUUUCUGUGAUAUGUACUUGGUUCAGUGAUGUCCCUGUCCCAAUAUUUAAUACUGCUGUUCGACCAAAUGUAACAAACCUAUAGAGUCAGUUUAUGCUUACACAACUUUCAGACUCGAAACGUCAAUGAAGUCUCCACACUAACUACGUACAUGCUGUUUUUAAAUGUGGGACAUAAGUAUUGAAGUCUGGACUUUAAAAGUUGUGUAAGCACAUAGCCUGGACUUUGGGUAUUGUGAGUGUCAGUGCGUCCGUCCAUCGAUGUUAGUGCAACGACCUUUUUUCUUCGUUUUUGUUUUUUUCUCUUCUUUUUUUGUCAUUGUCCUUGUACUGCAUGCAGUCAAACGUCGCUAUCCCGACUUCUGUUGUAUCGUCAGCUCAUGAAUAUCUUGAAGUCGAGAAUUGGUCUAUGACAAAGUACCACGUUUGUCUCGACUCACCGUUAUCUCGAACUAUUUGGUUUGAUCUCUUCAACAUCGAGAUAACGAAGUUUGAUUGUAUAUACAUGUAUAUGUUUUAGUGUAUGUUUCUGAAAGUGUCUAUACAAGAUGAUGAUGUAGGUGAUGAUGCUGAUGGUUUUACUGAUGAUUAUGAUGAUGAUGAUGAUGAUGAUGGUAGUGAUGGUGCAUUAAUACGCAACAUAUACACAUAUUCCAUAUAGUUAUAAAGGCUAUUUUAUAUAAAACAUCGAUGUAAACCAUUCCGCAAUUUUAUAUAGAAGGAUAUAGGAAAAUAGAUGUGUGUUGGACAACUUUCACGUUUAUUUUAUUUACUUAUUGUUGGCGGGGGUGGGGGAGACAAAAUAAAGGUUUUUGUUUUUUCAAUGAUACAGUAAGACACUGGUCUUUUAGAGGGUCCUUCGUUUUUUAACAUAACUAUUUAAAUGCGACACCAAUGUCAAGAAAAUUACAUUUUUAAAAAUUUGCGUCUACCACACAACCUAGUCCUGAAUAGAGGUAAGGGUGUCUGUUUGAAUGUAUUUUCUCAGACUUUGGGAGCUGCCAAGGGACAUAUCUCACGGGGUAAGCAUCGCGCUUACAGUCGGACGUUCUACCACUGAAUUACGCACCGCUUUAUUUUGGCGGAUCCAGAGGGGAUUGUAGAGUUCCCGUGACCACCCCUCCCCCCCCCCCCCCUCCCUCCAGCUUGAAUUUUCUUUUUUAAUGCCUUUUAUCUACAAUAUAGAGACGGAUCUAGGGGGGGCAGGGGUCCGCCCCCCCCCUAAAUUUUUGCGAUAGUUAUAACUUUAUUAUAUAUUUUUUUUUUUUUUUUUUUUACGAUGCUCCUCCAAAACAUCCCAAAAAUUUCCCUUGACAUUCCACCUCAUGUCACUGGGGCCCCGCUAAAUGCAUUUUCCGGAUCCGCCACUGCAAUAUACAAAACGAAUUUGUCCAGAAAACCGUCUCUGCUCAUCUUUAUUUCAAAAUGUUCCAUGGAGCGUGUUCUGUGCAGAUCUCGCUCCCUUUGGAAGAUCAGCCAAAUUGCCUUCGACAAACUUAAAUUUUGUGCUCCCCACAUUACAAAAUUGGAUCCGCCCCUGCGUUUGUCCGUUCAGAUAGAGCGGAUUUAGACCUUAUCACAUGGACCUGCCUAAAGACCCAUCCCCAUCCCCCAAAAACCAUCUGCAUGAGGUUUUUUGUUUUGUUCCUGUUUUAUACGAUACACUAAAAUAAACGAAUUUAGAACAUUUGGGAUGAUGAAACGUGGUCGGUUUGUCCAGGGUC